AUUUCUUAAAAAAACAUGUGGUCUUGUUGCUAUGCUUACAAUUGAAUCUUUGAAAUUAAAAGGAAUCAGAGUUCUAAAGUUCUAAUUCAUGUGUCCAUGCCAACUGAAUGUUUUCAUAAACAAACUGUGGCAACAAAAACUCACAGACCCACUAAUCUCAGUUGGCAAAGGGACAUUUUUUCCCCUCAGUAAAUGUACGAAGAAUAAUGGCUACUAAGUUUUUUUCUCAGCUGUGGAAAAAAAUUUGGCCGUCUAAGAACAAGAGGACCAAAACUCCUCAAUCCACGGUUUUGGAUCAUCAAAAUGUUUGCAAGGAACCUCCAAUUCAACAAAAAGAGAGGAUUUCUGCUGCAGAUGAAUCGCAAAUCGACGCAGUUUUAAAUAACCGCUCAAGAAAACAUGAAAGUUUCUCAGAUAAGUUCAAACAUGGUGAUUGGUGCUUUAAUGAACAAAGCUUCGAGAGAAAGCAGAAUGUCGCCACAUUGCUUUCCAUCAGCUCUGAAGACAACUUCACCACUGUCAACACUCACACUCCCCAUGAGCUGAGAGAAAAUCCCUUCAUUAGGACUCCUGAUGACUCGCCCUCCUUCAGUACUACCCCAGGUUCUCCUCCUCCACCUCCUCGGCCAAAAUGGAGAAAGUCCCGCAUCCCAGUUAGGAUGACGAAUUUCUUCAAAAGACCAGAAGAAGAAAAAAGGAUUCUCCAAAAGACUGGACCGACUUGGGCAGUGCCAAAGAACCGACUUCCUGAUCCGACUCAUCGUGCUCUUCCUACUCCUCCGAAAAAACCUGCUCAAACCAACCAAGAACRUUUGAAGGAAGGAAAAAGUGUGGCCUUCAAAAAGUCAGUCAAGGAGGCAGCUCCACAAACAACAAAACCCAAGGAGGUGCUAAAACCACUGACGGACCCUGCAGAAAGUCUGGCUCUGGCUUUCCAUCAACUUAGCUCAGGGGACUGGUCAGACAAAAUGAAGGGGCUGAAAUUAAUUCAAGCCCUUUUACAGCACCAUCCCAGUACACUGAGGGUGAAACUUCACGAAGUGUGCAUUACUUUGACAGAGGAGAUGAACAACCUGCGUUCCUCAGUGGCCUGUGCGGUCAUCGAUACGCUCGGCUGCCUCUACACUAACCUGCAGAAGGAAAUGGACGUCCACGUGGAGAUGACAGGCCGAGCUCUGCUGCUGAGGAUCUCACAGGCAAACGCACACGUGUUUAUUCAGCAGCAGGCCAACCUGGCCCUGCAGGCCUUGGUGCAGAACUGCCACCCAAGGCGUGUGCUGACAGUUCUGCUGAACAGCGGACUGAGCCACAGGAGCGCAGCAGUGAGGGCCAGCACUGGACAACAGCUUCACCUGCUGCUCCAUGAGAUGGGCGCAGACGUGGUGCUCAGAGCAGGGCCCAGCUUCACCCCUGGCUUCCUCAAGGCUGUCAGUAAAAUAUCUCUGGAUACUGCAGCUGAAGUCAGACUCCAUGGACAUGCUGUCCUUCAAGAACUCUGCCUUCACAAAGACUUCAUGAAACAGUGGCUGAAGAACGUGGAAGAAAAAGAUCAUCUUGCUCUGCAGAAAGUCCUGCUGAAGGCCAGCAGGACGUAGUGGAGGAGCAGACAAAGAACCAAACGCUGACAGACAGACAUGUUAAGGCAUUGAGAGAUGUCUGAUUUCUCUCAUUUAGUAACGAAAUAAAAUAUACAAACAAAA